AACACGUGGAAGAGACGCGCUCAAGUUUCCUGAUCACACCGACCGUCGGAACAAAGCCCGGGUUUGAACGAUGUGUGGUGGAUUAUUGUUGUUAUUAUUAUUAUUAUUAUGAGUCGCCAUGGCGUGGUGUGACCGUGGGAUUCAGAUGCUGCUGGCCACCGUCGGGGCUCUCGUGGCGUUCAGUUUGAUGAGCAUCGCGAUCGGGACCGACUACUGGCUUUAUUCUCGUGCAUACAUCUGUAACGCCACCAACAUCAGCACGGACGAGACGCAGACUCAACCCAAGAAGAUGCGCGGAGAUCUCACGCACUCCGGGCUCUGGAGGAUCUGCUGCAUAGAGGGUCUCAACAAAGGAAGUUGUUACCGAAUCAAUCAUUUCCCAGAUGACAAUGAUUACGACACUGACAGCUCUGAAUAUCUCUUACGUAUUGUGCGCGCCUCCAGUGUGUUCCCCAUCCUUAGUACCAUUCUGCUGUUUCUGGGGGGGCUGUGUGUCGGUGUAGGACGCAUCUACAGCAAGUGGAACAACAUAUUACUCAGCGCUGGGAUACUAUUUGUGGCAGCAGGUUUGAGCAACAUCAUCGGUAUAAUCGUCUACAUCUCCAGCAAUGCUGGUGACCCCAGUGACAAACGAGACGAAGACAAGAAGAACCAGUACAACUACGGUUGGUCAUUCUACUUCGGAGCACUCUCUUUCAUUGUAGCUGAGGCGGUGGCCGUUAUGGCUAUCAAUAUAUACAUUGAGAAGAACAACGAAGUACGGUUCAAAGCACGCCGUGAGUUCAUCAAGUCUACCUCAUCCUCUUCACCAUAUUCUCGCAUGCCCAGUUUUCACCACCGUCGACGGCACUCGCGCUCCAGCUCUCGCUCAACGGAAGCAUCUCGUGAGGCAUCACCAGUGGGCAUGAAGAUGAUGAGCUCAGUUCCCGUAGGAGAAAUCAGCAUGUACACAUUGACAAGAGACCCUCUCAAGUCAGGGACAGACAGUUCCUAUAGCCCAGAGCACGAUUCAGGAUUCCUCCAAGUGCACAACUGCUUUCCCAAAGACCUUAAUGAUGGUAUCAACAGGAGGACAACACCUGUAUGAGGUUACACACUGGAACAGAAGAGAUGAAGUUGCCACUGUGGCAGAUGCCAGUGGAAGGGAUACUUAUUGGUGAAGCACGUCAACCAAUGACAUCUCUCAUCAGUGAAGGAGAAGCACUGUGUUAAGCGGGAAAUAUUUCAUCUUGACCUUCAACAACCAUUGCGAACAUGGUAAUUUGUGUUUCUUUUUGUGUUGCUCCUCACAUUUAAACAAGAACUCUCAGAGAGACCCAUCUGUCAUCAAAGGGCAAGACAUGCAAAUGUAAAAUGGAGAGUCUUUGGCAGCGCUUCAGAUAUUAAGGACUUUGAGUAAGCCAGUCCAUUGGUUAAUAAAUAUAUUUUUGUUCUUCAGUACAGUGCCAUACUCUUAAUGUAUACCAAUGUGAUAAUGACUCUCACAGUAUUAGAUGGUGCUAACGUAGGCUCACAGCUGAAGCCUUCCCAUUCUUGUGUGUUCAGUAGACUCGAGCUGAAUAUUGAAUGCCCUGGUUUGUGUUAUAUGUUUGUUGCCGCAGUUGUCUAACCCUUUUCAGUGUGCCUAUCAUCUUGGCAGUGUCAACUGCUUAGACUUUUUCUGGAGCCACUUUGCAACAGUGCAAAACUGUGUUCCUCUGUUUUCGUUGUUGUACAACUAGAAAUAUCAGUUGAAUUACUAAAUAAUCAAUGGGGAAAUUUAGUUUAGUAGAUUUAGGACUACUAAUUGUGUAUAAAAUCCCUGCUGAAAAGACCAGCUUGGAUUUUCAUGAUGUUCUCAAUGGUUUAUUCUGGUCUGGUGCUUUCUUAUCUGGCAAACUUGUUUAGACAUGCUAUUCAUCAGCAAAACUUGACCAAGGAAGUCUUGCUGGUUACAGUCAGCAUGAAAUAUAA